GCGAAAGCUAAUUUUUUCCCUAGUUGCACAGCAGCCAAUUUGCUUGCCCGCGGCCCGCUUCCUCAAAGUAAUUCUCCAUUCAGGAUCAAACUUUGGUUACCCCUCUCUGUUUGCUAUUCCUGGGCUCUUCGUCCAAUUCCUGACGAAGUUGAAAUGCCCUCCUAACCCUGGCACUCGGGUAGCGAAAGCGAAACUACCACCCUUUGUAAACCAUGCGAUCUGUUUGCCGUUUCCUUUGCGCUCUCAAGAGUGGAAACUGUGCAUUGCCCGUGAAUACCCGAGCCGCAAGAGGCGUCGAUGGGCAAUUUAGUGUGAAAUUUCUCACCUCCCCAAUGAAGGCUAAUGAUGGAUCACCUUCAUGGAACAUAUGGGUAUGAGCCUGGAACACGGUUGUUCCUCAUGGGUAUGUACUGUACAAUAAAAUUGGCGAGCUCCAUAUAUCUGGCACCAAGUAUGAUAUGGUCAACGCUUGAUGCAAAACGGGACAGACCACAGGCGCCUCAACAAUGUCGACCUGGCUGCGGGCACUGAGGCUCCAAUACGACCACCCUCUAUUUGUUAUCUUGGAUAAACAUACCAGUAUAUCCGGUGCAAGCUCAGAAGGACCACUAAUACUACCAAGGGAAAAUGGAAGAUUAUAGUGACAUUUUGCCACACAGACAGCGUCGGGGUGCCUCUCAGAUCAGGAACCAAAUUUUUUCCCUGUGCGGUUAUUCUGCAAUGCUAACUUCCAUUGGGCUGAGCCUCCAGAAUUUUCAACGUUAUCAACGGUAAUCGUAUAUCAUCUUAGAUCUUGAUACCCAUUGCGUUUGAGAAGGUCUUCAAUGAAAUGUCUAAUCACAGACUGAUGUUGAAAUGGCACGUUCAGUCCAUGGAUUCGGGUUGAACUAACUGAUUUGAUAUCCAAAACACUUUCUUGGGAAGUUCCACAAUUUGAGCAUCGAUGUCGCCUCCGGAGUGUGAUAGGCGGAUGUAUCUGCAACUUGUUUGUGAGAAGACUAAGGUGAAUAUAUUUCGGUGCCAUUAUUGGCCUAUCUACACUUCUAACUAUUAGGUCCCGGAAGUCGGAUAAAUAUUUGUUUGAGCGCUUCUUCAUCCUCGAUCCUAAUGAAUGGGAUAAUGAUUUUCAAUCAGAUGAUCAACCAG